GAAAUACAGAACGAGUCCUGAAUAAAGACCGCCGACGACUGCCGCUAGUCAGCGCCAGGCCUCCAGCCUGCCACCACCGCACGUCCGCACCACGCAGCGACGCCCUGCCUGACCGCCUCCAGCCUCCAGGACCACGACCGCACCAGUCCGGCAGUUCACUAUCCACGCUAGGCCGCUACCCGCACUUCUGCAGUAACCGAUGGCAUGCUGUUGCUUCUUGGACAUGGGAUGCACAGGAUGAAACUUGUGGGAUAUGCAGAAUGGCCUUUGAUGGUUGCUGCCCUGACUGCAAAAUCCCUGGGGAUGAUUGCCCUUUAAUUUGGGGAGCUUGCAACCAUGCAUUCCAUCUUCAUUGCAUAUUGAAAUGGGUGAAUUCACAGACUUCACAAGCUCAUUGUCCUAUGUGCCGCAGGGAAUGGCAAUACAAAGGAUGAUUGCAAACUUCACCAGUAUUUUUCUGAUUGGAAGAAUCUUAGCAGCACGAAUGUUCUUGUUUUCUGGUCUUCUGUCAUCUACUCCUACAUUUUUCUAAACUUUCUCUGUAUUUCUGAGAUUAAUCUUCGCAGACUAGAUACCUAAAUCAUCUUCUCUCUAUCUACUGAAUAUUACCAAAUUAAAAGGGGAUUUCUUCUUAUUCUUAAUAUCGUUUUUUUUCAUUCUUUGUAUUUCAAAAUGAGCAAAUCAAACCUGCGCCUUUUUUUUUUGGAAGUCCUUUAAUUUUUAUCAUUUA